AUGAACACUCACCGCUGCUCCCUUCGCCGACGAUUCCGACUGUCGCCACCUUCAGCCUCCACCGACGAUUCCAUCGUCCGCCGCCAACGCCAUCGGUCAGCGCCUCCGUCGGCAGCCCGUUCUCGACCAAACCUCUCGUCGCCGGAAAAACGCGCCUCGCCGCUGUCACCUGCUCCUGCUCCCUUCGUCGGCGCUCUACCCCCGCUCUACUCCCCACCUAAUUUCGACCAAACCCCACCCAUCUAUUCGCCGGUAAACCGCUCGACGCCCCCAUUCCCACCCUCGCCGGAAAAUCAUGAAACGUCCAUUCCGCCUCCACAUUCCAUCAAAACUCGAAAAUUCUUGGGGCAUUCUUUACCAAACGCUCCACCACACACCGAUCUACUAUUAAUUUGGGAAAAUCUCAUCGCCGGAAAACCGAGCUUCGCCGCCGGCCGCCGUCUGUCGCCGCCGCCGGCCGCCGUCACCAAUUUUGACCAAAAAUUUAAAAAUUUUUGUUUCUCGCCGGAGUUUCAAAAGAUUCAACCUUGUGGGUCAAAUUCAAGCUUGGGGUGCGGUUUUAGCGGAUUUCUUUUCGGGUUUCGACACUCGAAAUUGGUGGACCCUGACAAUGCUGAUAGCCCAUUUGAGGCUGAAGACCAUUAUGAUCUCCCGAUCCGCCAGUUGCCACCACCUUAUCCAUGUCAAGCCUCCGGGUCACACUCUCAGCCCUCGGGAGAACACUUCCAGCCACAACAUGAUUAUCACUCAUACCAGAAACACAAUGAGCCCGACCCCGCACACGAGUUUCCUCUCGAUAUUUACAGUCAGCUUGCUUCCUUGCGCCUCCAGGGCAACAGGAACACCGCAACCAUCCACCGCAUUGAGGAACAACAAGCACGCACCAACACUUACAUGGAGGACCUUUGGUAUCAUUUUCAGCCCGAGGGCGGUUAUCCCCCUCGAGGGCCUCCUCCACCUUGA